AUGCCCAUUCGCACCAAGCCACAACGUCCUCAUGUCGAAGUCAUCAUCGAGGACAUGGAGCGCGUGCCGGAGCGACCAAAGAAGUCGAGCCUCAUUGGCUCCGAUAUCGUGCGGCUUCAGUCUGCGUCGGAAGUCAGUACAGGAACGGAGAAGAAACAGGGUCCGCUCGACAAUGUUACCCCGUCUGACUACGCCAAUUCUCAAAGUUCGCAAUAUACGCCCAUCACCCGCACACCUACUACCUUCCGCGAUUCUGCCCCAGUCCACACCAUGGACGCCAGCGCCGACUCGAUCCCUCAGGCCUCAGGCCUCAGGCCUCAGCGCUAG